AUGUCUUCCGUAAUCAUUACCGGCCUAAAUAUGCGAUCCGUCAUCAAAAUAGACGGGCCAAACACUUCACUCCAAACAAUUUUGAAAGAUUUUUGUGAGAAGAAUAAGAUCAGUCCCGAAAAUUAUGGAUUGAUGCAUAACAAGAAAAAUCUUGAUCUAUCACUUCCUUUCCGUUUGAGCGGAGUUUCGAAUAAUGCUACCAUUGAAAUUGUAAAAAAAGCAUCAUCAUCUCAAGUAAAAGCAGCGGCAACACUUGGUCUUCAAUUACCCGAUGGCCAACGAUUAAAGGCUGUUUUUCCAGUUGACAUCUCUCUUUGGAUUGCUCUUAAAAGAUGGGAGAAGAAAGAGGAAAACAUCAAUUUAACACAAGUUGAGGAUGAAAAAACCAAAAAGUACAGCAUUCCUUCUCUUAUAUACAUGAACCAACAAUUCAAAACAUUAGAGGAAUUGAAAAACACGAAAUUAUCUGAUAUUGGAUUGAGAGACAAUUCUAACGCAUUAUUACGUCUUAGUUUUUUACCUACUGAUAAAACAAUUGAGGAUUUGAAAGAAGAACUCCAAGAAAGCGACGAUUAUGUACCUAAAAAGAAAGUGAGCAAAACAAACACAGAACAAUCAUCGACAACGAGCGAGGCACCACCAGCUUCAAGCUCAUCUGAAGAUGUACAAAUGAUCGAUGAGUCUCCAUCUUUACAAACCAACAAAAUAGAGACGUCUCCAACCUCUUCCGAUAUUAUGCAAGAUGACGAAGAAGAAAUCAAACUUGAAAAUACAGUUGCAAAGGAUAUUAGACUAUUCAAAAAAGGUGAUACAACUUUUGACAUUGAUUUUUCCAAUGUUGAAGACAAAGAUUUUGAGGUGACAGAAAAUGAUGUUCAAUCAAUGAUUUCAAGCCUCCGAAAAGUUCAAGAAGGAGGACCAUUAAUGACCAAACAAUUAAGAGAAAAAGAAAAUCAAAAGCACGAGAGAGUAUACACAUCUGCAAUUAUCCGAGUACGUUUCCCAGAUGGAUAUUUAAUUCAGGGAACUUUUUCUCCAAAUCAUACUCUCAGAGAUGUUCGUAAUUUUGUUAUUCAGACUCUUGACAAUCCUGAAGCACCAAUUGUAUUGUAUAUUGCUCCCCCAAUUCAGAGAUUUGACGAUUUAACCAAGACGCUAAAAGAGUCUAAUCUCAUCCCUGCUGCAAUUAUAAAUGUUGGAUUGGAUAGAAAGGAUCCAAAAAGCGCAUUAUUUGAAUCACCAAAGCUUAAGGAAGAUCUUCUUGCAAAAGUCACUGAUUUAGAGUUGGUGAGCGUGCCAAAGAAUGAAAAUAUUCAAAAGCCAACAUCACAAGCUUCGUCUUCACAAAAGAAUAGCGAGAAAUCAAAGGCCAAGAUGAGCUCUCUUCUCGCUCAUUUAACCAAAAAGAAGUAA